AUGACCGGUUAUGUCAAGUUAGAGGUUAUGUCGAUCUUGAUUGAACAAAUUAAGGAGGAUGUUACAAAGCAUCGAAUACUAGUCUUCAAAAAUCAAGGAGUUAUUUCGGGUGACAGGCAUGUGGAAAUAAGUAAAUGGUUUGGGGAAUUGGAGUCAACAUUUUAUAAGCAUCCAAGAUCACCGCACCCUGAUGUUUUCCGAGUUUCAAACGAUCCAAAAGAAGGCUGUACCGGUGUGGGACGAACUGGUUGGCAUAUUGAUGGAUCAUUUCAGCCAGCUCCUUUCUCUUACUCUCUAUACCACAUGGUAUCUAUUCCCAAACAAGGUAAUACUGCAUUUGCACCUCUGACAGAACUGAUUGAAGGACUUAGUCCAGACAAACGAGCAAGAUGGGUAAGACUUUGGAUGGUGAGUGACAGACGAUCAGGACCAAUUCAUCCUCUUAUAUACAGUCAUCCUGUUUCGGGGAAAAAGGUUCUUUGCUUUCAUCUUGGUAUGACUACUGACUUCAUCUGGGAUAAAGGAACCCCUCGUGAACGGAAUGCUUCCCAUGAAGAAUUUGAAGAAAUAAUUAGGGAAAUUCAUUAUGAAUUUGUUAAAGAUGGAGGGAAAAUCCAAUAUUCCCAUAAGUGGGAAGACGGAGAUUUCAUCAUAUCUGACAACUUAGCUGUUGGUCAUGAAGCAACUCCAGAAACUCAGUUUCCACGUGAAAAAGUUGGCCUUAGAGUACUUCAUCGCACCACCGUAAUGGGUUCAAAGCCCCCUGAGAAGUAAUUUUUGUAUUACUUGAAAAGUACAUUCCAUUAAUUAUAUUGUUUUUUGUGAAAAUUAUUUGAAGUGAAAUUAUCAUUUAUGUGAAAAUACAUAUGGAAUGGUAUGACUUGUAUUAAAAUAAUGUAGUUCUGAAUCAUUCAUAUAACUUUUAACCUCAAUGCUAAUGUUAAUAUAUUUAUUUUUAAAAAACCAUGUAUAUUUUGUAUAGAUCUACGAUUGUUAAAUAUGUUGUUUUACUCAACUGAAAUAAAUAAUACAUUGGGAUAUCCAAUUUUAAGGUAUAUUUCUAGUACACCUUAAAAUUGGACCUGGUGCUUCCUUGAGAGUUAA